AUGUCAUCUAAUUUGUUUACUAAUUUCAUUGUCACGUAGUCACCAUAAAGCUAUUUGUUAUAUUAAUUCUUUAUUGCAAUGACUAUAAUUAGAAGCAAUAUAACAAAAUCCAUCUUAUAUUUUUUAACUUCAAAACUUACAUAGCCGAUAAAAGCAAGACUUAAUAAAGUUUCCUUCAUGUAUUGAACUGAUAUCUGUCAGCUGUACGGAGGGAGGGCUAUCAAGCUGUCAGAUGGUGAAUAGCAAAGCAGAGCGGUAGUGAGAAUAAUUUUAACAAAUAUGUGUUUUUAUUUCCAAUUUCAUACGCAUAGGUAAUCGCCGCGCCUAGCUUUAGCUUUAGGUUAAUUACGAACGGGGACCAGGGUCGCUACGGGUGCAUAAUGGGCUCUAGAGAUAGGGACACAAAAUCCCUUCACGACAAGUUGAAAGUGUUCUUCAAGAAGGGUGCAUCGGCGCCCGUUGCGGCUCAAAACGAGCUGGUGGUGACGGCAGAACUGCGGCGAGAGCUGGGUCCUGAGACGCCGCUUAAUCGCCGCCUCCGUGCCGUCAAGGAGGUCGGCGACAAGAUCCUUCACAUUCGUGUCCAAGAUGGUGGUGUUGAAAAAAUUUGGGCUUGUACAAGGGACCUUCUCAAAGACUCAAAUGUAGAAGCACGCCACACAGUACUUGGUUUACUAAGAUGUAUUGCUGAAGGUCAAUCAGAACUGCUUAUAAUGCGCACCAUUUUAUUCCGGUACCUGCAGGAGACGCACCUGAACCAUCCACCAGAAGAUUAUCAACUCCGUUUUAAAUUACUUUACACUUUAACUAACACUGGAAAGGAUAUUAAAUGUCUUGAAGAACAGAUUGGGCCAUUUUUGAUAGAAUGGCUGCCACAUAUCCAAGCGCCGGCGCACAUAAAAGACUUCGUCAGUCUCAUCACAAAUGUUGUAAAAUUUAAUGCUGUCUAUUUAGAUGAGGAAAUCGUUCAUGGAAUUGUUAACAAUGCAUGUCAUCUCUGCGUGUACUCCUCGGACCCGGGAGUAGUCCAGGGGUGCCUGUCGCUUCUGGAAGCGGUCGUGUCGUACUCGCUGCUACCGCGCGCCGCUCUGCGGACCUUCGUCGCCGCUCUCUGCCGGACCGUCAACAUAGAGCAUUACUGUCAGAACAGUUGGAAGCUGAUGCGCUACGUGGUGGGCGCGGACAUGGGGCACGCGGCGCUGCAGGAGAUGGCGGAGCUGGUGCGCGGCGCGGGGGACGCCGAGGACGCGGAGGAGGGCGCGGGGCUGGCGCGCGGGGCCGUGUUCUACAUCAACAUGGCGCUGUGGGGGCCGCGCCGCGUGCGCACGCUGCACGUGUCCUUCCUGGCCGUGCUGCCCGCCUUCCUCAAGGCGCUGGCGGGGCGGCAGGCGGUGGUCACUUACGAAGUGGUUGUGGCGCUGCAGAGCCUGGUGACGCGCGUACCCCUGGAGGUGGACGAGGUUGCCUGGGAUCUCGUGCUCGCCAUCAUCCGUGCCGUGUUACAGCAAGAUAAAAGCUUCGACCCCCCCAACGAGCUGAUCCACAGCCGCGUGCACGCGCUGAUCACCUCCAUCGAGCAGCUGCACGAGGCGGGGCAGUUCCUCGGCGACGCGGACGCGCUGCUCGACCUCGUCGACUUCUGCGGACACGACCGGCCGGAGGCGUCCACCAUGCGGCUGCUGACGGAGCGCUGCGCGGCGCUGGGCGGCGCCGACGCGAGCGCGGCGCUGGCGCUGGCGGAGCGCUACGUGCGCCUGGAGCCGCGCCUGACCGUGCGCCUGCACGCGCUGGCCUGCGUGCUGGCCUAUAUCAAGCGCAACCGCUGCGGCCACGGCGAGGAGCUGGCGGAGCGCGUGGGCGGGCCCGUGGCGGCGGCCUGCGCGCAGGACGCCGAGCCGGCGCUGCGGGCCGCCGCCGCGCGCGCGCUGCCCGACCUGGCGCGCAUGUGCAGCUCCGACGUGUGCGUCGACCUCGUCGACCAGCUCGAGAAGAUCCUGAACCGCCCGUUCGAGAUGUACGUAGCCGACGUGUCGGUCCCGGCGGACGCGGACACGUCGGACUUGCGGCUGGCGGCCGUCGGGCUGCUGGAGCUGCUGCACGACAAGCUGCUGCGGGCCCCGGCCGCCCACGCCGCGCGCGCCUUCCUCGUGCUGCUCGACCACCUCGACCAUCACUACCGCCGGCCCGCGCUGCUGCACCACCACCCGGAUAUACGACUCAAGAUUUUCGAUAUGCUGUUUGCCCUCCGUGCGAACGCCUUCAACUGCGUCGGGUUCUGCUACGAAGGGGGGACGGCGGUGUACGGGGCCGCGGCGCUCCGGCUGCGGCCGCUGUGCUCGCCCUUCCUGCUGGCCGAGCCGCCGGCCCCGCGCGGCCACCAGCCCGCCAGCCAGACGCAGGGCAAGGACUUGCCGCCGGGCGCGUGCCUGCUGCCGGUGGGGCGCGCGGCGCGCACGCUGACGGCGGCGCUGACGCGCGAGGCGGAGUGGGCGGUGCUGGCGCACGUGCUGCGCGCGCUGCCGCAGCUGCUGCACGCGCGCGCGCUGGCCGUGGGGCGGCGCGCGCAGGACCUGGACCUGCUGGCGUCCACGCUGUGCUCCAUGGUGGCGGAGCGCGGCCCGGCGGGCGGCGGCCGCCUGCUGCUGUCGGAGCUGCACGCCGCGGCGCUGCCGGCGCUGGCGGCGCUGGCCUCGUACCACGCCUACCUGGAGCCGCAGACGCAGCAGCGCAUCGUGCGUUGUCUUCUCAAAUACGGGAUGGUGCUCCGCACUCCGCAGCCGUACAUAAACGCGCUGACCAUCUUCACGCUGGAGACGCGCGACACGAUGGUCAAGAUGCUGCCCGAGGUGCUGCUCGACCUGUCCAAGAUAUCCGACACGAAGGCGAUCGCCAGCCCCAUGCUGGAGUUCCUUUCCACGCUGACCCGCCUGCCGCGCGUGUUCGCGUCGUUCGUGGAGGACCAGUACAUGUCGGUGUUCGCGAUCCUGCUGCCGUACACCAACCCGUCGCGCUACAACCACUACGUGGUGUCGCUGGCGCACCACGUGAUCGCGGCCUGGUUCCUCAAGUGCCGUCUCUCCUACCGCAGAAACUUUGUGCGAUUUAUCAUACACGGCUUGCACAACUACAUAAUAAUGCCGUUCGAGGAGCAGCUGCAGUACAAGUCCAACCACUUCCAUCAGAGCGUCAACGAGGACUCGUCCAACAGGCAGAGGAGCUCCAGUCUCGGCUCCAAGGCGGUGUCUCGCGCGCCGCUCUCGGGGUCGCGCGGGGGAGCAGCCGUGGGGGCUGGGGGCAGUGCGGGGGGAGCCAGCGCUCCCGCCGCCUUCCAUGUGGAACUCACCGAGACCUGUGUCGACUUGCUUGCCAGAUAUACCUUCACACCCUGCAGCGUCAAGCCGCAGAGGAGCGACACGGCCGAGUUCCUCUUCAACGGCGGGCAGUCGACCACGUGGCUGGUGGGACACAAACUGAUCACCAUCACCACGUCCGGCUGCUUACAGAACUCCAUCAAGCAGGGCUUGUGCGAAAGGUGCGCCACGCUGUGCCGCCAGCACGCCGACGGCGCGCCCGCCGCGCCCGCCGGCCCCGCGCCCGCCGGUCCCCCCGCCGGCCCCGCCGCCGCCGCCGCCGCCGACGACGCGCCGCAGGUAGCGCCUCGUGGUCCGCACGUACAAUCGCCGUUACCGUUGCAGGUGAACGACAACUCCGAGGCGGCCAACCAGCUGCAGGUGCACCCGCACGCGGCGCCGGAGGUCAAACGGUACUGUAAGCGUGUAAGUGUGGGUGUGUGCAGCUACAGCAAGUACUCGCUGCAGCACAGCCGCUCCACGGAGACCUCCUGCUCCUCCCUGUCCAUCUCCGAGCUGCAGCCGCCCUCCAGCGGACACACCACCAGGCAGAACUCGGCGGAGAACAAGACGAGCGACCCCGUGUACGACGCCCUCAACCAGUUCUCGCAGCGCUUCGAGAAGCUGUCCAAGGAGGUGGAGGCGGCGGGCGAGUGGUGGCGCGUGGGCGCGCUGGCGGCGGCGCGCGCGUGCCCGUGCUGGUGCGCGCGCUGGGCCGAGCUGCACGUGCGCUCGCCCACCGGCGACGUGUCGUGGCUGCUGCGCAUGCAGAACAGGAUCAGCUCGUGGCAGCUGCAGGAGUGGCCGCUGCAGGACGUGCUGGCGCUGCUGUCGCCGCCGCUCAGCGACCCCUCGAGCGGCCUCGGCGACUCCAGGCCCGACCUCAGCUCCGAAGGCUCGCCACGCUCGUCCAGGUCGGCCUCGCAGCGCUCCCACGCGCCUGAUCUCCACAAGUCCAGCUCGGACUCCGUGGUGGGCAGCGACAAGCGCGCGAGUCAGUCGGCGGGCGCCGCCACCCGCAUGAGCACGCAGCCCAUCAACAUCCCCGGCUCGCCGCAGCGGCAGAGCUCGUCCAGCACCACGGACGACGACGACAUGCUGCUCAUCGUGCCGGAGGGCAAGUCGCGGCACCCCGUGCGGCGCUCCAACUCGUCCCCGGAGAUGUCGUCGUCGUGGAAGGCGGCGGUGCGGGAGCCCGACGCGGACGAGCUGGUGCUGCUGCCGGCCGAGCCCGCGGCUCCGAUGACGAUGCACGCGAGCAAGAAGGUGGGCAAGAAGAGCGACAUGCGCGUAUCGUGCGAGGCCAUACCGGAGGAGAUGUGCGGCACCUCCCCCCAGCCGCACCACGCGCACCACGCGCACCACGCGCACCUCAUGACGUACAACUCCGACCCAGUGUUUCAAAUAGGAACGACGGCGUCCGAGACGGAAGCGGAAACGAAGCCCGAGACGAACAACACGGCCGCCACCGCGACGCACCAUCAGCUGCAGAAGACGAGCAGCGACAGUCGCGUGACGCUGGGCCACGAGGCGGGCGCGGGCGCGGGCGCGGAGGCGGAGGCGGGCGCGGGCGCGGACGCGCGCGACGAGCUGCCGCCGCUGGCGCGCUCCAAGCGCUCCAACACCAUCUCCGUCAUGAGCCCCACGCGCCGCAACCGAGAGCUGACCCGCAACCCUCCCAGCACGGGAGGGGGCGGCAGUGGUGCCGGCGGUGGAGUGUCUCCGUCCUUCGUGUUCCUGCAGCUGUACCACAACAUGAGCACCUACCCCAUCUCGCCCACUGUCCCCGGGGAGACGCCGACGGCUCUGAACCCGCUGAUGGGUCGUCCGCUGAAGGUGUCUGGCGUGCAGCACGAGCGAACCAUUAAGAACCUCGACCUCGUGCCGCCCCUGGAGACCUACAAGGUCGGUGUCCUGUACGUGGGCCCGGGACAGCAGGACGACGAGGUGGCUAUAUUGAAGAAUGAAUACGGUAGUGUGAGGUACAUGGAGUUUUUGAGGCUGCUGGGUACGCUGGUGCCGCUCGAGGGAGCCGAGGAGCCCAACCUGUUCCUCAACCUAGAAAAGGGUGGCAAGGACGGGCACUACACCUACGUCUGGAACGACGACAUCAUGCAGGUGCUGUUCCACGUGGCCACCGCCAUGCCCAGCUCGCCGCGCGACCCCAGCUGCAACGAGAAGCGCAAGUACAUCGGAAACGACUUCGUGUCCAUCGUCUACAACGACUCCGGACACGACUUCAACAUACACACGAUCAAGGGCCAGUUCAACCUCUGCAUCGUCGUGGUGGAGCCGCUCGAGCACGCCAUGAACCGCGUCACGCUCAAGAGCAAGGACGAGCGGCUGCGCGGCAAGUUCCUCGCGCACGUCGAGCCGCACUGCGUGUCCGACGCCAACGUGGCGCUGCUGGCCCGCCAGCACGCGCUGCACGCCGCGCUGGCGUCGCAGAUCUCGCAGUCGCUGAAGCUGGGCGGCGCGGCGUACGCGUCCAACUCGCUGGAGCGGCUGCGGCUCAUCAAGCGGCUGCGCGCGCGCGCCGAGGACGAGCGCCGCGCCGCCGCCGCGCGCGCGCCCGCGCCCUACGCCGCGCCGCCCGACGCGCAGCGCCGCGUCGCCAUCGACGACUUCGACGACUACGCGUAGGCCGAGUCGCGCUCGGUCGCUUCAUGAUUCAUUCGGUCCCUUGGCGUUUUGAGGAGUGACGGACGCACGUUGAAAUCUAGUCACGGUAAUUGUAGAGAAGUACAUUCGGUCGGGAGCGAGUCGACUGCGAAUGUGUGACCGGCCGGCCGCUUCGCUCUGAACUUCUGUCGUCGAUAGAUGCUCUGCGGGAGCCAUGAAAUGAAGGCAGCUAUAAAAAUGCCAUACUCUUUUCGGUUUCGAUGACGAGUCGCAAAAGUGCGAACGACGUAUGUGUGCGUGUGCGCACACACACGAACUGUCUGCACUGUUUGUGCUUGAACAUCGAAAGCUGCUUAGACUUCGACGUUGCAUAGUUUGAGUGUUCCUUAAAUGUUAGCACUGUUCGGGAUUCAAAUUUCAAUGUACAAAGCCGAAUGCGACGCAAUUCUAUACUUAAGUAUUGUGCGAGCGAGCCAGCAAUUCUGUUGAAUACAAAAAUAUUAAAAUAUCCGAAUCCCGCUAACGAUAUACGGAUCGUAACAAGAACCCUGUCGAACUUGAGACUAGCAUCAUUACUUUAUUCAAUAAAAACGGUUCCGACGAGGUCUUUGUUCACUCCUGUAAAUAAAUUUGAUAGAAUUGAUCGCUCGCUGCAACACUCACCAUGAUAUUUGACCAAGGUCCGAGAUUAAAUGUUCAAUGUGAUCCACGCAUUACGGACGCCUGGUCUGAGACUGAGUCGAGUGUGUCAUUGAGAAUACGCGAUAUUGUAUGGCGAAUGGGGUUAAUAAUAUUAGAAACGUAAAACUUUUAUUGGCUUAAUGUAAUAUUAAAUGACAUCAAGUUGCUGAUUUUCAAAUUUUUUUCGUACGUUACAAUAUAAAUGAGGUCCUGAUAGUAGAAGUCUUCAUGUUUAGCUUAAAUAUGUCGCCGGCAGAUAUCUUCAACUGAAUCACUAAACUUUUUUGUACGUAAUAUAGAAUUGACAACUUGCCUACAACGAUUUUUCUAAACGAUUAUAUAUUUUAUAUGCCAUUGGAAAUCUCGAAGAUAUCUCUCUGUAGACAUUUUAUCACCGACCCCAGCUCACCAUUGAGCGUCUGCUAUGCCGAGCACCUCUAUACCCGAGUCAUUUGUAUUUUAAAUAGAUCAAUGUUGAGAACGAUGGAGUAAUAUGUAUUCUCAAUCAGAUACUCUAUAAUGAACGGUACUUGUCGAUAACAAAACAAAACUAUAUGUAAAAUUCACAUAAGUCAUUUUUUACAUUUUGUGAGAUGUGAUAAUAGUGUAGCGAUUAAAUACAGUAUCUUAAUACGAUAAUACAAAUAACGCUGGAGUUUUUCUACUACGCUUCGCUUCGAGACGAUCUGACCGGAGGCUGGAUUGUGAUCCCUGCGAUUCCUCCUCGACUAUCUUUUGCACAACUUUCAGUCAUUUUGAUAUCUGGCGCUGUCCUUUACUGAAAUGAGCCAAUGUCAUGAAAUCAUGAUGUUAUAUAUUCGGAUACUCUGUUUAUUGGUGUGUGUGAUGUAUGUACGCGUACAUUUGAAUACAAUUUAAAUAUGCCCAUUUAACUGCCUCCAGCUGAUGAUUCACUCGUUGGAAGUGACGACGAUGAAUAUAGAAACCAAAGACGUUAUGAAUUGCGCAACAGAGAUGCGUCUCACUCGUUUAAAUUGUAAACAAAUGUCGCCCUACACAAAAACAGGUCACGUGAUUAAAAAUGUAGAUAACGACCACGCGGCGACCUGGAGCUUAACAUGCACUGGCAACUAAACUACUUACAAGUGAAUCUGACGUAUUCGAUUCUAUUAUAUCGGAGAUUACGUUUUAUUUCGUAUUUAGGUUUGGAUAUUUAUACUGGUAUGGUCAGUCCGACGCGAGAGCGCGUCAUACGUCAGCGGUCAGACACGCGUGACGCGCAAUCUCAGUUCGCCGGUCGCGACCAUCUGGCAGUUGAGGCAUUUCUUGUUGAAAUAUUUUAUGUAGCAAUUUAUUUCCUGACGAAAGAUUUUGUAAUCGAAUAAAUGAUGGCUAUUUU